AUGGAUGAUACGAAUGGACAAGUAGUAGCUGGUGGCAAUGGCAAAGGAAAUCGAUUGGAUCAAUUAUAUUGUCCAAACGAUGUAUUGAUUGACAAAGAGACCGAUAGUCUCAUUAUUUGCGAUCCAUGGAAUCAACGAGUUGUACGAUGGUCUCGUCGUAGUGGUACAACUCAAGGAGAAAUCCUCAUCGACAACAUCAGUUGUCGGGGAUUGGCCAUGGAUGAUCAGAGAUAUCUCUACAUCUCUGACAUCGACAAAGAUGAAGUAAGACGAUAUCAAAUAGGAGACAAAAAUGGAACUCUUGUGGCUGGCGGCAAUGGCAAAGGUAUUGGUCUCAAUCAACUCGACGUUCCGACCUACAUCUUUGUCGAUCAACAACAGACUGUCUACGUGUCAGACAACAGCAAUCAUCGUGUAAUGAAAUGGAAUAAAUAUGCAAAAGAAGGAAUUAUCGUCGCUGGAGGUCAAGGCUAUGGAAAUGCUCUGACACAAUUGUCGUACCCUCGAGGACUGUUCGUCGAUACAUUGGGUACCAUCUAUGUGGCAGACUCUUGGAAUUAUCGAGUGAUGCGUUGGCCUAAAGGAGCGAAACAGGGCACUGUCAUUGUAGGUGGCAAUGAUUUUAGAAUAUUUUAUGCUACAACAAUGGAAGCGAUCCAUACAUUAGAUAAAAAAAAAAAGAAUCCUCGUUUUUAUGCUUAUCUUAAGAUUCGUGAACGUAACAUUGAAUUAGGUGAACAAUAUUGA